AAGAGAGAUGUUUCAAUAUGUCGGAUAACAUAGGCGGAGACAGAAUCGUCUCUUGAUCUGUCCUCUAAGAUUUAAAGAACACAUUUUGCAUCUUCAACGAUAGGAAUUAUUUUUUAUAUAUAUAUAUUCUUUGGAGUUUCUUUUGUUAUGGCGUGUGGAAUACCCUAUUACUUCUGCGGCGGCAAACGACGCUUUGGAUCCGAAAAGAAAUGGCUGUUUCUGAUCAUUCUUUUUUAUCUGAACCAUAUCGUUGCCGGACAUAUUCGAUAUUCAAUUCCCGAGGAGAUGAAGAAAGGCUCCAUCAUUGGUAAUGUAGCACAAGAUCUUGGUUUGGAUCAGAAAAGGCUUCGUUCUGGUCGGGCCCGUAUUGUGACCGCAGAGAGCAUCCAGUACAUCGAGCUGAAGACAGACAAAGGGAUUUUAGUCGUGAAUGAGAGAAUAGAUCGAGAGCAGCUUUGCGGAGACGUAACACCGUGCAGCUUCAGCUUUGAGAUGAUUUUAGAAAACCCCAUGGAGUUGCAUCAGAUUACAGUUGAAAUAACAGAUAUAAAUGACCAUUCGCCCACGUUCUCCAUAAAAAACAUACAUUUUGAAAUCAGCGAAUCAGCAAACGUCGGCUCUCGUUUUUCCAUGACAAGCGCAGAAGACCCAGACGUAGGUAUUAAUAGCCUUAGAGAAUAUUUCUUGACCGAGAAUGACUAUUUUAUUUUGAAACAAAACUCGAAUGCGGAUGGAAAGAAAUAUGCUGAGAUGGUUCUUCAGAAACCAUUAGACAGAGAGACGAGUCCUAAUCACUCUUUGAAGUUAAUAGCCGUGGACGGUGGAACUCCGCAGAGAUCUGGUACAGUAAACAUAGAAAUUGCUGUUCUUGACGUCAACGAUAAUGCCCCUGUAUUUAAUCAGUCAGUAUAUAAAGGUACAGUGAUGGAAAAUGCCUCCAAAGAUACUUAUAUCACUACUGUCAAUGCUACUGAUGCAGAUAUUGGAUCAAAUAGUGCCGUGACUUAUUAUUUUUCGGAUAUCAACAGUGGAAUCACUAAUUUAUUUACAAUUGAUGAAAAAAGUGGUGUUAUUUUAGUAAAAGGCUUAAUUGACUAUGAAAAGGAAAAGAAGUAUGAAAUUAGAAUCAAUGCAAAAGAUCAGGGAGGUCUGACAGAUUCAAGUAAAGUUAUUAUUGAAGUUACGGAUGUAAAUGACAACGCCCCUGUUAUUAACGUCAUGUCAUUCACUAGUCCAUUAUCAGAAGACUCCCCCUCUGGAACAACUAUUGGGAUAGUCAAUGUUAAGGACCUCGAUUCCGGUGAUAACGGACAUGUUGCUUGUAGAAUAGAAGAAAACGCGCCAUUUAAAAUUAAAUCGAGCGUAAGAAAUUAUUACACGUUGGUCACAGACACUGUAUUGGAUCGUGAAGGUGUAUCAGAAUAUAACAUAACCAUGGUUGCCACAGAUUCGGGAGUGCCUCCUCUUUCAACAAAAAUGACGUUUAAUCUAAAAGUUUCUGAUGUGAACGAUAAUGCACCGAUUUUUCCCCAAAGUAUUUAUACUGCGCAUAUUCCAGAAAAUAAUUCUCCAGGAAUGUCUGUUGUAACGCUACUGGCUAAAGAUCCAGAUGAAAACCAAAAUGCUCGCAUAUCUUACAUUCUGGAUGAUACUAAUAUUGGUGGAUCUCCGAUUUCUGAGUAUGUUUCUGUUAAUGCAGAAAGCGGAGUAAUACACUCGGUACGCUCGUUCGAUUACGAGCAAAUUAAACAGCUGUUUUUUGUCGUCAAAGCUCAGGAUGGAGGCUCCCCUCCACUCAGUAGUAAUGUGACUGUGAAAAUAAUGAUCCAGGACCAGAACGACAACGCCCCUCAGGUUCUGUAUCCAGUCCAGACUGGUGGCUCUCUGGUGGCUGAAAUGGUGCCUCGUUCAGCAGAUGUGGGCUAUCUGGUCACUAAAGUGGUGGCUGUUGAUGUGGACUCUGGACAGAAUGCCUGGCUCUCCUAUAAGCUGCAGAAAGCCACAGACAGGGCGCUGUUUGAGGUGGGCUUACAGAAUGGAGAAGUAAGAACUAUCCGCCAAGUCACUGAUAAAGACGCAGUCAAACAAAGACUGACUGUUAUAGUGGAGGACAACGGACAGCCCUCUCGUUCAGCUACAGUCAUUGUAAACGUGGCGGUGGCGGACAGCUUUCCUGAAGUGCUGUCUGAGUUCACUGACUUUACACACGACAAGGAGUACAAUGACAACCUGACUUUUUACUUAGUGUUGGCUUUGGCUGUAGUUUCCUUCCUCUUCAUCACGUGUAUGGUGGUCAUUAUAUCAGUGAAAAUCUACAGAUGGAGACAGUCUCGCAUCCUGUAUCAUUCCAAUCUGCCAGUGAUUCCAUAUUAUCCACCACGUUACUCAGACACUUUGGGGACAGGGACUCUCCCACACGUGUACAACUACGAGGUGUGCAGGACGACUGACUCCAGAAAGAGUGACUGUAAGUUUGGCAGAGCUGGUAGUCAGAACGUGCUGAUAAUGGACCCCAGUUCAACAGGGACGAUGCAGAGGAUCCAGAGUGAAAAGAGCAUCCUGGAUGACCCAGACUCUCCUCUAGAGGUUAGUUCAUAA